UAAUUAUUACCAGCUUUGCUGCGCUGCCGACGCUCACAGAGAAGAGAGAUCCACUCUCCUCUCUCUCUCUCUCUCUCUCUCUCUCUCUCACUCCCUUCGAAACCCUAGCAAUGGCAAUCCCUCGCGGCCUCUACUCCUCCAGCCUCCGGAUCGCCAUUCUUGCCGCCGCCUUCCUCCUCUUCGUCGCAAUCUCCGUUUACACGUCUUCGUCGCCACCGGAUCCCGGUUCCGCCGGCUUCACUAGCGCCAUCGGCUCCAUUCCCCGCCGUUCCAUCCUUGCUCUCCGAUCCGACCCCUUGAAAGCCCGGAUCGACCUUCUCCGCAAGCAGGUGGCCGACCAUGCCGCCCUCGCCGCCGCUUACGCCUCCUUCGCCCGCAGGCUCAAGCUUGAGUCCACCAAGCAGGUCCGCCUCUUCGCUGACCUCUCGCGUAACUACUCCUCCCUUCUCCUUUCUGGCAUCCCUUCCGAUGAGCCCGGCGUCCGUGCUCUUGAGCGUGGUGUUAAGGAUCGGAUCCGCGCCACCCGUCAGCUCGUCGCUGAGGCGAAGGAGUCCUUUGAUAACCAGCUGAAGAUCCAGAAGCUCAAGGACACUAUCUUCGCCGUCAAUGAGCAGCUCUCUAAGGCGAAGAAGCAGGGGGCUUUCUCCAGUCUUAUUGCCGCCAAGUCCAUCCCCAAGAGCCUCCACUGUCUCGCGAUGCGGCUUAUGGAGGAGCGGAUCUCGCAUUCUAAGAAGUAUGCCGACCCCGAUGUGAGGCCUGCUGAGCUUGACGACCCGAGGCUGUACCAUUAUGCUAUCUUCUCGGACAAUGUGGUCGCAGCGUCUGUCGUGGUGAACUCGGCUGUCAAGAAUUCGCGUGAGCCGUGGAAGCACGUGUUUCAUGUCGUCACGGACAAGAUGAAUCUUGGAGCCAUGCAGGUCAUGUUCCGCAUGAAGGAUUAUAAUGGGGCCCAUAUUGAGGUGGUUGCCGUGGAGGAUUACAAGUUCCUCAACUCCUCCUAUGUACCUGUACUUAGACAACUUGAAUCAGCCAACCUGCAGCGUUUCUAUUUUGAAAACAAGUUAGAAAAUGCAACCAAAGACACAACAAAUAUGAAAUUUAGGAACCCCAAGUACCUCUCAAUGCUCAACCACCUCAGGUUUUACCUGCCAGAGAUGUAUCCAAAGCUACACCGUAUCCUCUUCUUGGAUGAUGAUGUCGUUGUUCAGCGAGAUCUCACGGGGCUUUGGAAAAUUGACAUGGAUGGCAAAGUGAAUGGUGCUGUGGAGACAUGCUUUGGUUCCUUUCACCGAUAUGCGCAAUACAUGAAUUUCUCCCAUCCUUUAAUAAAGGAGAAGUUCAAUCCAAACGCAUGUGGCUGGGCAUAUGGGAUGAACUUCUUUGAUCUUGAUGCAUGGAGGAGGGAGAAAUGUACUGAGCAGUAUCAUUACUGGCAGAAUUUGAAUGAGAACCGUACGUUGUGGAAGUUGGGUACCUUGCCUCCUGGAUUGAUCACAUUUUACUCCACAACAAAACCAUUGGACAAAUCUUGGCAUGUUCUUGGACUUGGGUACAAUCCAAGCAUAAGCAGGGAGGAAAUCAGGAAUGCUGCAGUCGUACACUUCAAUGGAAAUAUGAAACCGUGGCUGGAUAUUGCUAUGAACCAAUUCCGUCCACUCUGGACCAAAUAUGUGGACUAUGACAUGGAAUUCAUCCGCCAAUGCAAUUUUGCAGCAUAAAAGGAGAAAGAUUUGUUUGAAACUUUUCACACUACCAGAGCAAUCUGGAAAUAUAAGUUAUAGUGCAACCAGCAAAUGUUUUGAAGGAUUUUGUUGCAAUGUUUGAGCAGAAUCCUCCUCUUCUUCUCAACUUUCUACAGAGUAAUUAUAUUGUUUAUAUAAUUGUAAAUCUAGAUGUUUGCUUUAACAUCUUUCCUUUUCUCUAACUAUGUGUCAGCUUUUGUUGUUCCUCCCUUUUUAUGCAAUAAUCAGCACAAUAUCUGGCAUGAGGCCAAUUUAAGGUUUUAUUUGUAUCA